AUGUCGAAUGAUGAACUUAUGCAAACUUUGAAUAAGGUUUCAGAACUAACUGCAAAAGUUGCAAGUGCAGAGAAAAUAAUCCAAGAAACCGAUUCUUCUGAAAACGAACAAGAGAGGAAAAAGAAAAUUAUAGAAACCAAAGAAGAACUUGCUAAAACAAAAGAACAAAUUGAUCAAUUUAAAGCUCAAAUCAUUCUUAUGCAAGAACAAUUUAAACUUCAACUCCAACAGCAAAGAAAAUUGAUGCAAAAUACAAAGUAA